AUGGCCUCUUUUGGAUAUUUCCUGUUUCUUUGUGGGUUGAGUCAGGCUCUGUCAAGUUACCCAAUCUGGUGGUCCUUGGCAAUUGGUCACCUCUCCCUGGGGACUCAGCCCAUCCUCUGCGGGAGCAUCCCGGGCCUGGUGCCGAAGCAGCUGCGCUUCUGUCGGAACUAUGUGGAGAUCAUGCCCAGCGUGGCAGAAGGGGUGAAGAUUGGGAUCCAGGAAUGUCAGCACCAGUUCCGAGGGAGGAGGUGGAACUGCACCACUGUCAAUGACAGCUUGGCCAUCUUUGGGCCCGUGCUGGACAAAGCCACCAGGGAAUCAGCCUUCGUCCACGCCAUCGCCUCGGCCGGAGUGGCCUUCGCCGUGACCAGGUCCUGCGCCGAGGGCUCCGCCACCAUCUGUGGCUGUGACACCCGCCACAAGGGCUCCCCUGGGGAAGGCUGGAAGUGGGGGGGCUGCAGCGAGGACGUGGAAUUCGGGAGCAUGGUGUCCCGGGAGUUCGCGGACGCCCGGGAGAACAGGCCCGACGCGCGCUCGGCCAUGAACAGGCACAACAACGAGGCCGGAAGGACCUCCAUCAUUGAACUCAUGCACCUCAAGUGCAAGUGUCACGGCCUCUCGGGCAGCUGCGAAGUGAAGACCUGCUGGUGGUCCCAGCCAGACUUCAGGGUCAUCGGGGACUACCUCAAGGACAAGUACGACAGCGCCUCGGAGAUGGUGGUGGAGAAACACCGGGAAUCCCGCGGCUGGGUCGAGACCCUCCGGCCCAAGUACAACUUCUUCAAGGCUCCCACCGAGAAGGACCUGGUCUACUACGAGAACUCGCCGAACUUUUGCGAGCCCAACCCCGAGACGGGCUCCUUCGGCACCCGGGACAGGAUCUGCAACGUCACUUCCCACGGGAUCGACGGCUGCGACCUGCUGUGCUGCGGCCGCGGCCACAACACGAGGACUGAGAAACGGAAGGAGAAGUGCCACUGUAUCUUCCACUGGUGCUGCUACGUCCGGUGCCAGGAGUGCAUACGAGUCUACGACGUCCACACGUGCAAAUAAAAGCAGGGGAAAAGGACCCCUUCGCCGGGCUCCGAGCGGAGGAAUGGAUUCGAGCCUACUUCCUCCGAGGUUUGCGGGCGCGAGAGAAGUCAACUUAUUUUUUUUUGAUAUUAAAAGAAAUAAAAACUGGGAAAAAGAAAAAAAAUAAAAGGCAAAAAAAAAAAAACAAACAACAAGGCUAAAACUGGUUGGAUAGAAUAGGUCUAAGGACUUCUGGCCUAUCCUGAGGUACAUCUGGCAGUCACACAAGUUGUGCCCCCAACGAUGCCUCCAGUGGGAGAGCGGCUUUUCAACCAACAGCACAGAGCUGGGAAGAAGAGCACGAGCAAAAGCAUGGAUUUGCUCUGCUCUCACCCACCUGAAGUGACUCGUGUGAUUAAAGUGUCCUUUGAAAGACUUGCAUCUUCCUAAGCAUCUCCUUUUCCCUCAGCCAGGCAAGAGGCUGUGAUGGACAGCAGCACUGAGCUUUCCAAGAGGUCCAUCUCCAUACCCAAGUGGCCAGACUCUGUGUGUAAUAUGAGCAACAGCAGCAAAAGAAAUAAAAGCAGAUAAAUUAAAUUUUUUUUAUUUUUUUUUUUUUAAAAGAACAUGACUUCUUUGCUUGUGUCCUGGAACCAGGGAAGUCUGCAAGUAUAUAAUAGAGUGGGCAGGCCCUUUGUGUGGAAUUUUUAGCUUAGUAGCUUCUGCCAGAUUUGACAUGGGAUUCAGUGACAUCUGGAAAAAGGGGAAAGAGGGAGAAGAAGAGGGAGAGAAAGAGAGAUAACUGCUGGUGGCUUCCUGCCAGUGCCCUGUUGGCACACAGGUGAUGUGCAUGGUAUGGAAAAGUUCAAUGCCUGACACGUG